AUGUGGAAGGUUCAACAGGUGAUGAUGAUUGCGUCGGCGGCGUUCACGACCUCGCUUGGCGUAUCUAUUGUGUCGCCAGCUCAUUCGCAGUUUAUGAAAGAGUUUGAAGUCGGUAGUACGGUCGCAAUUCUUCCUUUGUCGCUUUACGUGUUCGCCCUAGCGCUAGGUCCAGUUGUAGGAGGGCCGCUGUCUGAGACAAUUGGAAGAUACCCCGUUUAUAUCGGCUCUACACUACUUAGAAGUAUAUUCACCCUAGGCGUUGGACUCAGUUACACAUUUACAGCAGUCUGUGUCUUACGUUUUCUCGCUGGUCUUUACUUCGCACCUCCUUUGGCUAUCGCUGCAGGAACCAUCAACGAAACGUUCAAGCCCGCAUCUCGGGCUAUCCCAUCAACUAUCUUCAUCCUGACUCCUUUCCUCGAUCCCGGUCUUGGGCCUGUCAUUAGGAGCUUCUUGGUCAAUCGUAAGGGCUGGCGCUAG